GUGUCAGUUCAUAACAAGACGAGAAAAUGGCGAGUGGUUAUCUGCUGUCGUUUAUGGCAGUAGUGUUUAUUAUUGGCGAUUGUUAUGGAUUUCCAUUACUCGAUAGAUUGAAAGGAGAUACAGAUUCAUGUGAGGAUCUUUGCCUAAACACAUAUUCCCUUCACACAUACGAGAAGGCAUCACAUCUAAAUACAUGUAGGAGAGGAUGCAGACUUUUUUCUAUCAUUGACUUCGUACAUGAAGAUAGUGACUUGAAUGCUACAAGGGAGGCCUGUGCAGCAGCAUGUACUGAGGCAUAUGAGGUGAAGGAGGAGGCACAGUCCUGUGAAGUGGGCUGUGGGGGACAGAUGGAAACUACAAAAGUAACCAGGAAACAGGCUGAAGACUCACCUGCUGUUAUCCAUUCUGUGUUCCCCCUCCUCUAUGUUCAUGGGCUGUACAGCAAUAUGCGUGACAAGGUGUGGCAUGGCUGGACGGUUAGGUGGUCGUACUACAUGCAGGGAAACCAGGGUAGCAUGGUCAUACUUAGGUCUGAGCCACAGAUAUAUACAGAGUUUGGCAGAGGGCCAGAGGGGCAAGAAUACAAAACAGUAAAUUAUUUAGAGACAAACUUAGAACCUGUGGACAAUUCUGCCACACCCAACCUAAAAAGCUCUCAGAUGCGAUCCAUAGAUUUGAGUAAGGAUGGCUUCCUGGAUGGUAACUUUGAUGAUGAGGGUAGCUCAGACUGGCUGGGCUGUAUAUCUAAGAAGACAGGGCUGCCCAGACUGUUUUUGACACUGACUGUGCUCCUGUCUGUGAUGGUGAUGAUAUGGCUCUGCCUCACCUCUGCUGCCACUGCUCCAGAACAAAGAAUAAAAAUGCAGAAAUUGUCCAUUCCUGGAGACUUUGAUUAUGUGAAGGAAGUCAGUGAAAAGGGACUGAUGUAUGUGCAACCACAAGAUAGAUACGAAGCUGACCCACUGCCAAUCAAGAUAAAAGUGCAAAGAAUUUAAUUUCAUCAAACUCAGUGUUGUGACCUGGCAUUUCAUUAAUUUUGAUAAAGAUGGAAAUCCCUACAUUUUUUCUUUAAAAGAUAGUAUUGAUUAGGUAAAACAGUAAGUCUCAUCAAAAGGUUCUGUUGAUUAUAAAUGUGAUAUUCAGGAAACUGGUCAUUAUUUAAUUAUAAUGUUUCUUUGGUGUCUCCAGUGGUACAUUUCACUGUUUUGAUGUCACUGUGUCUGGGGAUUUAUAAAUUCAUUUAUGCGGUAAAACAAACCAGGGGAUAAAUUGAUGUUGUGUUUUGAAACCAGUAUGCAUUUUGAGGAAGAUUAUAAAAAUUAUUAUUAGGGUUGCUGUAAGAUGGGAAUAGUUAAGAAUAGGUGAUAUAGGAGUUUUACGUAUUUUUUUUCCUAUUUGUGAUAUUUUGGUCUUCAGAACUGGCUUAUACUGACAUGUGUGUGUGUUUGUGUGUGUGCGUGAGAGAGAGUGAGAGAGAUAUGAGUAAUUUGGUCUAUUAGUAUUAUUACAUUAAUAGCAGUAAAUCAGGUUUGCCUUUAAUACAGUUGGCAAAUAAUUCAUACAUAGCCUGAAUUGGACCUUGUGUUUGCUGAAAACACUCGCAAGUUCUCCCACAAUCACUGGUGGGUAAACGGGAUAAAGUUGUACAUGUUUACAAUUAAAAGUAAUAUUUCAUUGGGUUGAUGAUGUCAUACCACACAUUGAGCAAUUGGCAAAUUAGUCUUUUCCUUUUGGGUAUAUAAUAGUGUUAGCCUGAGCCACUGUCUAAAUCAGUCGCUUCGUGGCAAGUUUGUAAGGCUUUGAUGUAAAUAUGUUUUUGGAUUAUUUAAUUGGGAAGUUUUGGGUGGGAUAGGGCAGAUUCGGAAUUUUUUUAAAUGUUUUAUACAGACCUCUUUUCUUUAAACUUAAAUAUUAACAGCGGUUGGAGAUGUAACUCCUUCCUCUCAAAAGAAAAAACUGGUGAUCAUUAUUUUUUUCUUCAUAUUAUUAUUAUUAUUGAAACGUCAAUGUUUUAAUUAUGUUAAGGGGCCAGUGGUUGUUUUUGGUUGGGAAUAAAUUGUGAAAAAGACCUGUCUGAA